UGCAGCCAGAUCCCAGGGCUGAAUUUCCAAGCCCUGAAUCUGGCUUCAUAACAUAAACAUGCGAGCACCUGGCGGGAGAAGAUAAAAUGAGCCUGGGAACUCAGGGGUGAAAGUAUAAACAAUUAUAAUUGCUGUAGUGUGGGGGGGAUAGAAACCUUGGUGGAAAUGUGAUCCAGAAGGUGGGGUUUGAUGAUGAUAUUUGCGUGUGAUAUUACGUUGCAUCAGAAGUGAUAAAAUUAGAUGUAUGUAAACAUUAGGUCAUUCUCGACUUUUCCAAAGUCAUGUAUUCUUCAAUAAAGAUUGUGUUUGAGAGCAGCUGUCUUUGAUCUGCGUUCAGACUGGUCCUUUGAAGUAAGCCUGACAUUAAAGUCGAGAAUCCCAUUUCUCACCCUCCUGCGGAAUUCGCAGUGAAGUGAUAAUGAGCGAGGAAGAAGAUCAAAGCCCAAAUGAGGCAGAGAGGCCUUUGCAAGGGGCCCGGCCGAAGAGAGAAGAGACGCUGCAAGCCAUAGCUUCCUCUACGGGGUACCCCAAGCCGAACGGCGUGACCCAGAGAAUUCCCAGGCUCGGAAGAGGCGUCUCUGCAGCUGCAGAAACCAGUUGGGGAUCUGGAGGAAGUAUGCCGGAGACCGUGGCCCUGCGGUUAUCCAUCCUGGAAACUAAUUUAUCCAGGCUGUCGGAAACCGUGGGGAGAUUGGUGCCAUUAUUGGAAGAGAAUCUCCAGAAGGAGGCCAGCCGAUAUGGCGCCGAGAGAGAACCAAGCAAAGAAGGAGAUUGGAGCCAGAGGGGCCAGCGGGCGUCAACGCAGAGCCCCGUGGCGGCAAGGGACGAGGGAGAUGAGGAAUACUGGCAGGAGCUGCAGUUCCGGGACAGCAUGGCGCGAGAAGUGGAGCGUCAGCGAGCCCUGGGGACCCUGAGGCCGCCGUCUCCAACAGAGCUCCCAACCCCCCGAAUGGGCGUCGGGGUGGAAAGGCCACUGGGGCCAGGGAUCGGGUCCAGUGGAUUCGCAGACGAAGGCGGAGAGGAGCGGGGGGUCCAGGAAGAGGAGGAGGAUGUGCCGUACGACGAGGAAAGGCGAGAUGAGGGGGCUACAGCUAGGCCAGUAUGCGGAUGGGCGGAAGAGCCAACAGCGGCGGCAGACUUCCAGGAGCCGCGCAGAAUGACCACCGGAGUGGGGCGCGGCGUGUUCCAAGGAGCCACCCGAGGAAACCUGAUGCAACCCUUCCCCAUGCCGCCCAGACAAUAUCAAAGGGCUGCAGAAUGGAUGCCUAGAAGGGAAGAUCUCAAGCUGGAAUACGGAGGGGAAUCAGAGGAACUGAACUUUUUUCUAAUUAGCAUUAGAGGAUACAUGGAAGACAACGCACACACAUUUCCCUCCGAAGCAAGCAGGGUUCGAGCCAUCGGCAACACACUAAAGCGAGGAGCAGCCAGCUGGUAUGUGCAAUUGCAUGCCAGACGCGACCCAUGCCUGAGGUCAGUGCCCCGCUUCCUCGCCGCACUGGAGAACCGGUUCAGAGACCGGCUAGAGCAAUUGAGGGCUCGAGACCAGCUGAAAGGAAUAAAACAGAGGGACAAAACGGUGCCCGAGUACGCAGAGGAAUUCCUCCACCUCGCGGAAAGGGUACCGGAGUGGUCUGAAGUAACCAAAGUGGAACUAUUUAAAGAGGGACUACGCCCCGAGAUUUUCAGCUGGGCAGCGCACAGAGACGACCCCGAGACGCUCCAGGGAUGGAUUCAACUAGCGGGGCGCGUCGAAUCUACCCUGGCACAAGUAAAGCGCUUCAGGAGCAGCAGCGGCCAGCAAAGACCGGUGGCGAGAGGUCGAGGAGAAACGAGGAAGCAAGAAAGACCCGGAGGGAGGCCGGGGAUUCCCUCCAGAGGAGACGACAACAAACCUAAACCGGGAUGCUUUGUAUGUGGGAAGACGGGCCACCGAGCAGCGGAAUGCUGGGCCCGGAAGGGGGAGCCGCCAAAAGCCCCAAAGCCCAAGCCAGCAACCGGGAGGCGUGCGGAGGAGGAGGUGCAGGCCCCAGAAUCUUCGGAAAGAUUGGACUAUGGUGAAAGAAGAACCGAAGAGGAGGACGAAGAAAACGGGAGCGCCAUGUCAUGCAGCCAGAUCCCAGGGCUGAAUUUCCAAGCCCUGAAUCUGGCUUCAUAACAUAAACAUGCGAGCACCUGGCGGGAGAAGAUAAAAUGAGCCUGGGAACUCAGGGGUGAAAGUAUAAACAAUUAUAAUUGCUGUAGUGUGGGGGGGAUAGAAACCUUGGUGGAAAUGUGAUCCAGAAGGUGGGGUUUGAUGAUGAUAUUUGCGUGUGAUAUUACGUUGCAUCAGAAGUGAUAAAAUUAGAUGUAUGUAAACAUUAGGUCAUUCUCGACUUUUCCAAAGUCAUGUAUUCUUCAAUAAAGAUUGUGUUUGAGAGCAGCUGUCUUUGAUCUGCGUUCAGACUGGUCCUUUGAAGUAAGCCUGACACCCUUGCAUU